CCGAGCGCACUUGUUAUCAGAUAUAUUUCCUCAAAAAUAAUGGAUGUAACAUUAGAUGAAUCUCCAACGUCAAGGCGCUCUAUUCCUGAACUGAGGGAACAAUUUAUAAAAAUUAAGGAUAAGAUUGUAAAAGGGGAGUACACAAUUGUCAUUGAAACUGGAAAAAGCAAGGUUUGGAAAAUUUUUGGAAAGGUUGAAAAUAGUGGCAGUGUGAUAAGCGAUGUUGUGGCAUGCAAAAAUUGUAACAGCGCUUUCAAAUUUACGAAUAGCACGUCAAAUCUAGUGAAACACAAAUGUUAUAAAAAUUUAAAGAACCGUUCGGAAGAUGAGUCAAAGAUACAAGUUGACCAUAAUACAUAA